UUUUCAUAUCAAAAUCUCAACAGAGAUCUAUCCUGGAACUUUCCUGUAUCAUGAUUUUCCUCCAAUCUUGUGCUGAGUGGAGAAGAGCCUGAACCCAACAUCUCUGUUUUUAAAAUAAAAGAUUUGUUGCAGUACCUUUGGAUGAGCAGUCAGUUCUUUCAGUUACUUGAUACCUUACCUCAUACUUGUUGAGUCACUUCCUUCCAAUGUUUUAAUCACUUUCUCCUUGAUUGCCCUUAUUCCUUAUAUGGCUUCUUAUAUCUUGCUUUGGCAUGUGAGUGUGCUGUUCAUAUGCUCCGAUUUGCCUUUUCUUGUGACUUUUGAAUCCCAAAUUGCCUGUCAAACACCUUGAUGAACAAAUGUGAUCCUGUCUUGACAUGUAAACUUAACCUAGCAACUCUGUAGAUUCUCUCAUAUUUUCACAACCACUCCUUUGCCUUCUCUUUUAUGUUGAACUUUCACUUCUUGUCCUUAAUUGUCCCGGUGUAUAAAUGUUUCUUGUCUGUCUGACAAACCUGCUGAUCUCUAGUCAGUCUCUUGUAGACUUGUUAUCUCCCUGUCCUAUCAGCAGCAUCCCAACUGUUCCCCACCUUGCUGACACAUUUGCUCCAUUGAAGACAUUGUUUGAUUUUCAACUGUAUUUGUUUGGUUGCCCUUUGCUUCUCCUGUGCCUUACUAUGAAUUUAGGGCUUUCACAGAAGGAAAGAAAACGGCAUUCGAGUGAUGUGACAUUUUUGGUUGGCAAAGAGCAGCAGGAAGUUUUUGCUCACCGGUGCCUCCUAUCCUCCCGCUGCCCAGCAUUCCAUGCCAUGCUGAGCCACCCACAGGAGAGACAAACGCCACUGAUCCUGAGCCAUGUGCAGCCAGAGGUGUUCCUUGCAGUAAUUGAGUACCUAUAUACAAACAGCAUCACCCUUAAUAACCUCAUUGCCCUGGAGGUUUUGACUUCAUCUGUGGAAUAUGGGCUGGAUGACCUGAGAAAGCUAUGCAUUGAAUUCAUCAAAGAUACACUGAGUGUGGAGCAGGUCUGUGAAGCCUUUCAGGCUGCUGUGGCAUAUGAGCAAGAAGAUUUCCAGAAAUAUUGCCUGGGUUUCAUUGAGAAUUGUACUCAGGAGGUUGUAAAAACACGUGGUUUCUUGGAAUUGUCCGACCUAGCAGUGCAAACUAUGCUGCAGAGCAACUGCUUGACCAUUGAUGAGGCAAAGCUGGUACAAGCUGUUCGCGAAUGGGCUCAUGUUGGAUCUGCUGUGCUGGGCAAGUCUGUGAAGGAUGUAGCAAGGCCAGUGGUGGCAGGGCUGCGUCUGGCUCUGCUGUCACCAAGUGAGCUGACGACUCUGGAGGAGCAGAACAGAAAGGAUCAGAUGAUUCCGGUCUGCUUCGUGAUAAACUCCUCCUUCGUGAGACUCAACUUAUGGCUGGAACACUGGAAAAGAAAGUUUGACCUGGCUAGAAAGAGAGUCACGAGGCACUAUUUACCUAUCCUGCAUGGAGAAGAAGGAUUUUUGAGAUAUCACUGGUGGUGAAAAAAAUCUAUUUAUAAGGACCUUAUGAAGUUGUACUGGUGUGACAAAGACCCAGUAAUUCCUACAGUAUUUGUGAGCUGAUCACAGAAAGUUAGGACUGGGAGUGAAGUGACUUUGGACUGAUAACAAUGCAUUUCUUCCUAUGAAAUGUCUGGUCUGGAUGAAACAUCUGGAAAUAGUGGGAUGGGACUGAAGUUAGUGCUGCCACCACAGGGAAAAGGAAAGCAUAGGCCUAUCAUAAGGAACACUAGGCUAUCAGGAAAUGAAGUAUUGCAGAAAACAGAGGUGUUUGUUAAAAUGCCUGCAUACAUUUACCUGUCAGGCUUAUCACUUCAAAACUGUCACUUCAGUUGUUCCUAUAGAUGACUCAGCAGUGCCACCACCAGCAGAGGCUUACAUUGCAGACAUUCAGGAUACUGCUUUCACAGGUUUGUUAGAAGAUAGGUUUCCUUGCCACUUCUCCUGGAAAGAAAAUCUUAACUACUGCUCAACAUCAUGUUCGGAUUUAUUCAAGUAUUAUGGUUCAAAUAUAUAUGCAUCUCCUUUCUGGGUGGUCAAACGAGAAGGAAGUUGUUUUAUUUUAACCUGAGCCCUAGUUGAGAAUGUCCUUAUCUACUGGCAGGAUCAGCUGUUUACAAUGUAUACGUAUUGUGCUCUGUUUCAUUUUAAAUGGACAAAAAAACCUUCAGAACAACAGUAGCAACAACAGAAAUAAAAGUUAUGUCCUGUUGUGAUUGGGUUCUUUUGAAAACACUGUCAGUUCCUCAGUUUUGGUGGGAAGAAGCGACUGAGACUGAUUUAAAUGGUUUUCAUCUUCAACUUUAUUAACUUGCGGCAUAUAAAUUAUUAGACCAGCAGGGUCAAAACAAGACAAAUCCCGCAACUGGCCAUAACUAGUCCAUGUAGACUUUUCCUCUGUUGGUGUCCCACUCACUGCGGCACAGGGCCGAAGCAUUCGCGGUUGGUGAUCCUGAGCAGGGAUGCGCUCCUCAUCGCGCAAACUGUCCCACAGCAUGGGUGACGCAACCAGUCUCCUUCUUUCGGCGGAGAGUUGUAGACCGGACCGGGACAUAUCACCCUUUCCCCACAACCUUGCCCCCAUGGGAACACUAUCA